CCUGUGGUUUCCAAUAGUUUAGCAAAACUAACACGGAGCAGAGCCCCACUGGGCAGAAACUAACCCACCAAAUUGAAACUAAAACUGAAAUUAAAACACUAGGGAAUCAUGAACUUUGUGGCCGUAUUCUGAACUUACGGACAAGGCUCAGCGACAAAGCUAAUCAUGUUCAGUUUCCUUGGACUCCGUAAAGACUCAAAGAAGUCAACAUCCGAGAAGGAAGUAGAUGGAGGCUUUGUAAUCAUUGUGCUUCUACUCACUCAAUGUUUCAGCCACUUGACGAAGGAGAUCCAAUUAAUUGGCUCUGUGAGAGCAGCCUGCUGCCAGGCCCCCAGCAUAACCUUAAAAUAGGAGAGACAGUUGAAGAACAGAGGAGGAAGAUGCAGACCAUGAACAUCGUACAGCCGUCAACAAACGUCAUAGUGCAGCCAUCAAAGUCAUCCUGUCCAGUUCCAGCUCAACCCACCGACACAAAGGACCCUACAGCUUUACCUACCACAGUGCCAAUGGCAGCGGCCUCAGCAGUGGAAUCUGCUUCGACGCUCCCGGAUCUCCUCGGGGAUAUCCCCUUCACUUUGGCUCCUCAUGUCCUGGCCAUGCAGGCAGGGUUUCCCCUUAUUCCUGAUGUGCUGCUGUCCCGGGACAUAAACUACAACCUGGCUAGUUUUCAGUACGACUUCACUUUAGAGAACUCUGUGCUUUAUAACGCCUAGUCUGUUUGAAUUUCAAUAUCAGGACUGUCAUCGGGAGUUCACACUGUGGGGAACUUGGUUGAUUGCUGGUCAUGUGAGAGGUUCCAGCCCUACAACAUACUGAACAAGCAAAUGUGAUUCUAUAGAAUUAUGAACAAGUAAAAGCUCACAUAAAAUAACUUGUAGAACUGUGGAUCAUUGAAUUUCUGUUAUUAGCUCCUUAUCCAUUUUCUACUUUCAAUGGAGAGGCAUUGAAAUCAAAUGACAUUAUAUUGGAAAGGAAUGGAAACUGAAUAGAAAUGUGCUUUACUUGUUCUUUGUUGUGUUGCUCUCAGCGUGAACACGGUUAGGGUACCUGCUGUUUACGCUCAUCACAGAUAUGGGCCUGGUUAUGAUUGGUUAAGACCCAUUAAGUCCUCGUGCUGGGAACUCUAUGGUUUGUAAUAGAGUCAUGUUCAAAUUGUACGAAAGAGACUUUUUCAGGUCAUUUGAGGAUGUGGCACCUAUAUGAUGUGGCAAUAACUUUGAUCGAAGCACUUAGUACAGACACAGCUGGCCGAGAAAUUGCCUACCCACCCCCAAUGAGUUAAGCCCAAGUCUUCAACAGAAUCACUGGAUCGAAACGACUAAUUCAUGUCGGGUCUAUUUAUGUAAAAACAACAUGUGCAGAUUGUUUGAAUGAUAAAGUGAAAGUGUACGGUAAGACUAUUUUUACUGACUACAGCUGUUGUGUAAUAACUUAAUAUGAUGCAAUUUAUAUAUUUGACAUAUGUAGCAAAAACACUUACUGCCACAAUUAAUGUUUUGACUAUUUUACAACUGUUCUUCCCUUCCAGUUGUCACCAUGUUUGAAUUUUGCUCCCUGAAUGUAGCCUUCCUUUUGAUCCAGCAUAUUUUUCUGCCAGCAUUAGUUUAUUGUAUUAUUUACUUUGUCUGUAUUUUCCAUUGUCUGUGCUUUCUUGUGUUUAUGACCCACCUUUUUUUUUAUUAGAAUGCAGUCAAAUAUAUGUCAUUAAUUAUCUUUGCUCAGUAUAAGUUUCUGCACUUUUUACUUCUACAGAAAAGUCAUGACAGUAUGUACUGUACUCACUGUAUACCUAAGAGAUUAAGCUGUAGGACUACUUUUUACAUUAAAAUGGUGUGAAUAGCAUAUAAGAACUAUUUCUAGGGCUGGGUAUCUUUUAAAAUUUUUUGACACCAGUACCAAAACCAGUACCCUUAAAGUGAUACCGAUACCAAUAGAGUACUUCGAUACCCAUCAUGUGAAUGGAGGCAUUCGGUUGUGUAAAAUGCCACCACUCCUCCCCAUCCAAAUGAUUUUUACACAAAUACAUUUCGAAAGUGUUCUUUAAUUCGAUUUCAAUGUAAGAGAUAAGUGUAGAGAGCCAGCACAACAGAGCAGCCUUGUUCAUCGGAGUGUUGAGUAACGGGAACGUUAAUUCUGAAGGACUGAGUUAACAGUUCGCGAACGAGUCAGCUCUGAGCCGAUCCCCCCUCGGAGCGCAUUUAAACCGCGGAAAAAGAAAUGCAUGAUGACUGUAUUAUAUAUUUUUUGUUUCAUAUUAUAUCAUACAAAUUAAAUUGCAGUAUACUGUA